CUCAAGAACAACUACGGACACGCUCAGGUUUGCGCUGCUAAACGCGCGGUCCAUUACAAACAAAUCCUUUUAUUUGAAUGACACUUUCACAUCGGAGCGUUUGGAUUUCCUGUGCCUCACGGAAACAUGGCAGCGGGAGAUGGACCACACCCACCUGAACGAGCUGUGCCCCCCGGACUGCUCCGCGCUCAGCACCCCCCGCCCAUCUGGACGGGGCGGGGGUGGACUGGCUCUUAUAUCCACCGGGACCUCUUCCCAAGCACCAAACUGAACUCGGACUCUUUUACUUCAUUUGAACUCCAGAUCGUGAAGAUCACACAGACCGGGGUGUGAUCACCCGGAGACACAGCGCGUCGCUCGGCCUCCAGGAAGCAGCAGCAGCAGCAGCAGCCGCAGCAGCGCAGCGGAGACCCCGGUUCAUGAGCAGGGCUGCUCGAGGCGCAGGUCGCGAGGAUGGGGAUUGCAGCCAAACGAUCGCAGUGGCUCGGCGUACUUGUGGCGGCGUCGGUGUUAGUCUUAGUGGACAGCAAGAGAGCCAGGCAGCCCCGCUGUCCCCUAUCGUGCACAUGUACCAAAGAUAACGCGCUGUGCGAGGGCGCAGGAUCGAUCCCGCGCAGCUUCCCUCCCGAUGUCAUGUCACUAUCCUUCGUCAAGUCGGAAUUCUCUGAAAUCCCAAAGGAGAGCUUCAUCCACACGCCUGGCCUGCAUCUUCUCCUCUUCACAGCCAAUAACCUGGAAUCCAUAAAUGAGGAUGCUUUCAUCAGCCUUCCUCAUCUAGAAUAUCUAUUCAUAGAAAACAACCAAAUCGACUCAAUAUCACCACAUGCUUUCCGUGGACUUAAAACGUUGGUGCAUCUGAGUCUGGCCUACAACAAUCUGGAGACUCUGCCCAGAGAUUUGUUCAAGGGUUUGGACGCUUUGACGAAAGUAGACCUGCGGGGAAAUCAUUUCACAUGCGACUGUAAGCUGAAAUGGUUGGUGGAGUGGAUUUUCAGCACCAAUGCAACCGUGGACCAGGUUUACUGCAAAGGUCCCGCCUCCCACCUGGAUAAGAGCAUCAACGAUCUGGAACCACAGUCCUUCGACUGCAUCACUACAGAGUUUGCUUCCCACCAGUCCCUGAAGUUUGAGUCCAUCUCAGUGGAGGCCUUCUUCUUUGAGAAUAACCAGUAUGUGGUGUUCGCCCAGCCUUUCAUCGGGAAGUGUAGCUUUCUGGAGUGGGAUCACGUGGAAAUGCUCUUCAGAACAAGAUACGACGACAUAGACAGUACGUCCACCGUGAUCUGCAAACCUCUGAUCAUCGACAACCAGCUCUUUAUCAUUGUGGCUCAGCUGUUUGGAGGCUCGCACAUCUACAAGCGGGACUCCUCCGCCAACAAAUUCAUCAAGCUCCAAGGCAUCGACAUCCUCCGAAUCCGUAAGCCGAACGACAUCGAAACCUUCAGCAUCGAUGGAGAAUCCUUCUUCGUCAUAGCAGACAGCUCCAAAGCCGGUAUCACCACCAUCUACAAGUGGAACGGGAACGGCUUCUACUCCCAUCAGUCCCUCCAUCCUUGGUACCGCGACACUGACGUGGAGUACCUGGAGAUUUCCUCCAAACCUCACCUGAUCCUGUCCAGCAGCUCCCAGAGGCCCGUCAUUUACCAGUGGAACAGAACCACCAAGUUGUUUGAAAGACGCACCGACAUCCCGGAGAUGGAGGACGUUUACGCCGUCAAGCACUUCCAGGUGGAGUCCGACCUCUUCAUCUGCCUCACGCGUUUCAUCGGAGACUCCAAGGUGAUGCGCUGGGACGGGGCGCUCUUCCGGGAGGCGCAGACCAUGCCCUCCCGGGGCUCCAUGGUCUUUCAGCCGUUUGCCGUGGGGAGCUGGCAGUAUGCCAUUUUGGGCAACGACUACUCUUUCACUCAGGUGUACCGCUGGGAUGCCAAGAAGGGCGAGUUUGUCCGCUUCCAGGAGCUGAACAUCCAGGCACCGCGGGCCUUUUCUCCAGUUGCCAUAGACAACCGUCAAUUCCUGGUGGCCUCCAGCUUCAAAGGGAAAACUCAGAUCUUUGAGCACCGGAUCAUCGAUCUGAGCAAUUGAGGAAUUUCCGUCUUUUUCUCAUAGUUUCCAGAUUUCUUUGUGUCAGAAGAGAAUUUAGGGGAAAUGCAGAACUGAACAGGAGAAGCAGGCAUCAUUUGAGAUCUUUUUACUUCAUCAUAAUCUGUGCACGCUAAAUUAGAGGAUAAAACCUUUAUUCAACCAAAUAUUUGUUGGAUGCAUCUCGAAUUAGAAUAGUUCUUCUAACGAUAAUGCAUGAAAGCCCCCCCCACCACACACAAACACACCAUCAAAUUUAGCCAACAAGCUGUGUUCAGCCUUCCAGAGUUAUCAGAAAUAUUUAUACAUUUUUAAAAGUUAUAUAUUUAUCUAGAGAAAGCUAAAAAUUGUACUUUUUAAAUCUGUUAACAUGUUUACCUGAACUAAUCUGCCAAAAUGAAGUGUUUACAACUUUCUCUUUCCAUUUGUAAGCUACGAGAUUUGUAAAUGAAGUUUUUGUAAGUAUAAGAGGGACCACGGCAGCCAGAAUCACGUUUGUUCCACGAUUGAUGCUCACAAUUUGAGAAAUAAAUAUAAGCCUACUUGUAUAUCCAUGCAUUUUUAUCAUUAAUGGUUUGUAUAUUCUUUAAAGUAAAGUUUUUCAUUAGUGGGAUCUAUUUUGAAUAACUCUAAAAAGCACUACAGAUGGACGAAAAAAAAAAAAUGUUCAAAAUCCUAAUCUUUGACUAACAUGUAUGCAUCACCUGUGUCAUGAUUAGGACUAAUGUGUCAUUUAGAGUCAAUAAAGGUUCAUAUUUGAUCCGA